AUGUCGAGCUCCCUAGACACGGACGCAGGCUCAGAUAUGUUCGCCAGCUACGAGAAUGAGCUCAAGCUGGUACAGGCCGACCUGAACCAGAAGCUGGACCAGAUCUCGGAAGUAAGCGGCGAGCAACGCAAAUCUGCAAUUCGCUCAGCAGAGCAAGUGCUCGAUGAAGCCACAGAAUUGUUGGAUCAAAUGCGCAUGGAAAAGCAAAACAUUCCCUCCGAAGCCCGCUCGAAGAUCAACAUCCGCUUCCGCAACUACUCAACUGACGUCGAUGAGGUCAAGCGCAAGCUCAAGUCCCUUUCGGACGACCGCAAGGCCCUUUUCGGUGACCGGUACACUGAUGAGCCUCAAGACGAACAUUUGGAGCAGCGGCAGCAACUCCUCUCCGGUACCGAGCGACUGGAGCGCAGCUCUGCCCGUCUGCAGCAGAGUCAGCGCACGGCACUGGAAACAGAGGAUGUCGGACGUGACGUGCUGGCCAAUCUUUAUGAGCAGAGACAGACGAUCCAGCACACCAGGGAUAACCUGCACCAAAGUGAGGGAUACGUCGAUACUAGUAUUAAGACUUUGAGGGGCAUGGCCCGUAGGAUGGCUACAAAUCGGAUAAUCACCAUUGCUAUCAUUACGCUGCUUGUUCUUUUGAUUAUUGCGGUUAUUUACGGGAAGUUUCAUUAA